UUCUGAUUGCUGAUAGUAUUCCGAUCUCAAACAAACGAUAGACAGUCUGAAUCAAAAUGCGGACCCGAUUAGUAAGAAAGUAUAAUUGGUGCGGUCUAGUCAUACUAGUAUUUGGACUAGCAAUUGAUGGUACAACCGGUCGUUUGCAACCUGCCGAGAACGUGUUUCCUACCGACGUAAACAACGCGCUGCUACCGAAUAUUCGGCAGAGUUUAAACGACUGUCAUCUUCGUUACCACAAAUAUGGUGAUUACAAUCUUGUCUAUCCGAUAUUCGGUGUGCCGGCGAGGAUCGGAGAAUUUGCCCAUAUGGCAGCGAUCGGGUGGACUCAGAAAGACGGAAAAAUAGACUUCAGCUGUGGUGGAUCGCUCAUAACAACGCGCCACGUGCUGACAACUGCUCACUGCGGCAGUCGCGAGGGAAUCCCUCCGGAUGUGGUACUUUUAGGGACAAUCAUGGUUAACGCCAGUAUUGACGACCCGAGUAACAAGUUUGCCCAGCAGCACAAGAUCGCAUCCUUCAAGAGACAUCCAGUGCAUACUUUUUCGUCUUUCUAUAACGAUGUGGCCCUCAUCACUCUAGAAGGAACGGUCAAAAUCAACGAUGUUGUAACGCCUGCUUGCCUGUGGGACCAAAGUGAGGUAGAAUUCCCCAGACUGGAAGCGAUUGGCUUCGGUCAGACUUCCUUCGCCGGGGAUAAAACACCAAUUUUACUGAAAGUUCAACUAUCGCCGAUAAGCAACGAUGAAUGUCGCAAGCAUCAUUAUUCGGGAACACGCAGGCUUCGCCAAGGAAUAGCGGAUUCCCAGAUAUGCGCUCAAGACAGCAAAAUGGACACCUGCCUCGGUGACUCCGGCGGCCCUCUGCAAAUAAAACUCAUGUCCAACCAUCGUUCGACGCCGUUUGUAGUUGGACUCACCUCGUUCGGUGCCUUUUGUGGUACCGCAACUCCUUCUGUGUACACCAGAGUAUCAUCAUUCAUAUCUUGGAUCGAGCAAGAAACGAAUGAAUCAUUUAAUGCCGGAACAUGUGCCUCUCGAUACAUUCAAAUGCGAGAAGCAGACGAAUCGAUGGUGACUACACGAUCUGGAAGUCAUAUAUUUAUCGAACCGGAGAAAAGUUAUAUGGAUAUUGAGUUUUUGCCGAAGCACCAAGUUUACUUGGGCUAUAUGAAAGAACAGAACAGCCGAAUCAUGUGGAACUGCGGUGGAGUGUUGAUCAAUGAAGACUACGUGCUAACGGUAGCUCACUGUGACAAAUUUGUAUUCAAUCAGACCCCGACCCAUGUGAAAAUUGGCGACUUGGACAUUCACAGUAACCACCCAGAGGCACAAAUCAUUAAAAUUGAGAAAUUCAUCAAACAUCCAAACUACAAGGAAGGGUUUCUGGCAAAUGAUAUCGCACUGGUGAAGCUGGAAAACGAUGCAAUAAUUCGGCCGAACGCGCUUCCUGCAUGUUUAGUGGAUAACGAUUUGACUAUGCCGAUGUAUGAAAUGGCAGGUUUGGGUCCAUUCAAUUUGAAUAAUUUCCUGCGGGAGGAAGAAUCGGUUUCCAAAAAUAACACGCUAACUUUGACACGAAUGCGAGUAGAUGCAACCCCAUGUCAGCGAACAAACAGUAAUCAAUUCCUAUGCGCUAAGAACAACAAAUUCUUGGUUCCCAACACGUGUAGGAUUGAGCAUGGCGGUGCACUGGAACGUGAAACUUGGCACUAUGAUCGUUACUUCCAGUAUGUGUUUGGUUUAACGGUGGCCGGUAAAAAUUGUGGCUUUGGCAGUGAAGCCUAUUUCAUCCGAACGACUACCCACAUUGAAUGGAUAGAAUCUAUUGUUCUCGGCAAACGGAACCAGAAUGAUCACGGCAAACGACUCACCCGACAGAUAUAUUUCCCCGGGAUGGACCUAAAUGCAUUCGUGCCAUUGAUAGGAAAACCGUGCAGAAUAUCAAGCAACGCUCUAGGUUCUUGUCAAUACUACAGGAACUGUCCUAACAGUCCUACCUCGAUGGUUAUUGCUUUCUGCAGUCGUGGAUCGGAUCCAAUUGUAUGUUGUGCUAAACCACCGACGACCAAAAGAUACAGCCUGCAGAAAUGCGUUGCACAUUGGAAUGAACACAAACGACAGGAGGAGGAUGAAUACGAAAACAUUCCCUCGGAAGGUCGACCAGUGCAAGAAGGAGAAUAUCCACACGUAGCCAUGGUCGGCAUUCGCAAUAACGAUGCUCCCAGCUGGAGUUGCAAUGGGGCGGUGAUUAGCAACAGGUUCGUUCUAUCCAGUGCUCAGUGCGUGCAGUCUAGAACGCCAAAUAUCGUCCGAUUGGGUGCUACAAGCAUAGCACAAAAUGCCAUCGACAUCCCGAUAGAACAAAUCAUUGUAUAUCCCACCUAUAAUUCAAAGUAUGUCAAUGGUGAUUUAGCGCUGAUCAAAUUGUCUUCCGAAAUUAAGUUCAGUAGAAAUAUACUACCGGCAUGCUUGUGGCCAAAUACCGAAGCUAUUCCUUUGAAAUUAUACACCCUAAGUCUGGAUGAUGGCCUCAUUCAAGUCCGUCCUCGACUCUCUAAGUAUAACCAAGACUGCAGCAAAUUCUUCCGUUUCGAUGAUCCUUUGGAUGGUAGUCAACUAUGUGCAGAAAAUUAUUACAGUACCGACAACACGUGUCAAGACAAGAACGGUGAUCCUCUGGAAGGAGUUAUUACUAAAGAGAACCGGAAAAUUUCUAUCGUCAUCGGACUGGCAGCAUAUAGUAUUGGAUGUCCAACAAAUCACGACACCGUCACUAUCUACACUCGGCUUUCGGCAUACAUGGACUGGAUCCGUUCAAUUGUGGAAUCCUAAUAUUUACGAGUUUAAGAAAAGAAAUGGAGUUUAAACAUUAA